UAUUUCCAAGGCUACAGGUCCAAAAGCAGUCGUAUAAGGCUCACCAGCUUCGAAGUACCAUUAAGAACUCCCUAAUACUCUGAACACAUAGAGAGAAAAUCCAUCAUUUUGAAAUCUUGCAAGCUCCAUAAUCUAAAUCAAGGUGAGAAAAACGAAGAAAAACUUCAAAGUCAAUUAUUAGUCUUAAGAAAAAAUUCUUCAGAAAUGUCUUCUUCAUUCGACAAUUUCAGCAAUGAAGGCGAUGAUCUACAAACUUCUGAUCGACCAUUUGACGAUGGUUACACAGGUUACGAUCCUCGUCUUCCUUCACAACGUUUCGAUCCUUCUUCUUUUAGCACUACUGAAGAUUUCUCUGCUGUUGAGGAGGUGAUUGUUGAAUCUGAAGUAGUUGAUAAUUCGCCAAUGCAUUUCGGUGGAAACCCUAGCUUUUUGGAAACUCCGUUUAGUGAUACGAUUCCGGUUGUGAAUGGGAAUGGAAAUGGUUAUGACGGUGGUGAUGAUGAUGGUGGAGUUUUUGCAUCUGAUGGUCCUGUCCUUCCUCCUCCUGAUCAGAUGCACGAGGAAGGUUUUGCUCUUAGUGAGUGGCGGCGUGAAAAUGCUAUUAGGCUGGAGGAGAAGGAGAAGAAGGAAAAGGAAAUGAGAAUGCAAAUCAUUGAAGAAGCUGAGGAAUACAAACGUGCAUUUUUUGAGAAGAGAAAACUCAACACUGAGACCAACAGAAACAACAAUAGAGACAAAGAGAAGGUAUACUUGGUGAAUCAAGAGAAAUUCCAUAAAGAGGCGGAUAAACAGUACUGGAAAGCUAUAGCGGAACUCAUUCCUCACGAAGUUCCUACUAUUGAGAAGAGAAGAGGGAAGAAGGAAGACGAUAAGAAGCCAUCAAUCACUGUUGUACAAGGUCCUAAGCCUGGGAAACCCACCGACAUGUCAAGGAUGCGACAGAUACUGGUUAAGCUGAAGCAUACACCCCCAUCUCACAUGAUUCCACCUAAACCAGAGCCUGCCAAAGACGGAAAAGACAGUAAGGGAGGGAAAGAUGCCAAAUCAGGAAAAGAUGCAGCAAAAAACCCUGCCGAUCCCGUCAAAGAAGCCACUACCAACUAUCCUCAGAAGUCUGAGGAGGAAGCACCAGCAGCUGAACAGCCAACCACAGAAGCUGAGCCUGUGGCAGCUGCUUGAUUAUUCGUCAAUACAUUUGUCCGAAUGUUCAUCCGUUUUGUUUGCAGCGGCAUCCAGCUCUCAAACUGUUUGGGUUUCACCGCUUCAUUCAUCAUGAAGGAAGAGAAUGGUGUAUCAUUGUUCCAUGCUUAUAAUUGUCAAUGAGACUUGUGUCUUUAAGUGUAGAAUAAUUUCAAUUCUUUACUUUUUUCUUAGAGGGAGUUUUUUCAUUGAUUUUUCGUGUUUGUUUCAACAAAAACUGAAGCAUAUUGCUCCUUGGAUGCAUUUUUCUGUAACAAUACCAAUUUGUUUAUUUUAUUGUAGCCAGUAAAAUGGUGAAAUCUUAA